AUGGCUGAAGCAGCUCCCAGUGUGGUUGGACCCCUUGUAAUAGGAAUUUAUCUCUUGGAUUUAAUCUACAUUGAUUCUGCAUAUCCCGCUUCAGGCAGCAUUAUGGAGAACGAACAAAGAUCCAAUCAAAUGAACAAUAUUCUCCGAAUAAUAGCUGAUUUGCAAGUCUCCUGUAACUAUGAUCAUCUUACAACACUGCCCCACGUGCAGAAGUAUUUGAAGUCUGUCCGUUACAUUGAAGAACUUCAGAAAUUUGUAGAAGAUGAUAAUUAUAAAUUAUCAUUAAGAAUUGAGCCAGGUAACAGCUCUCCUCGACUGGUUUCCUCCAAAGAAGAUCUUGCAGGUCCAUCUGACGUGUCAGCAAUUAUGAAAUUCAGGAGACCCACGUGUCCUGAUGCCUCAGUAGCAGCAAGUCUACCGACACCUCCUGUACCAAGGCACAGGAAGAGUCACAGCCUGGGAAACAACAUGAUGUGUCAGUUCAGCGUGGUGGAGAGCAAAAGCGCCACCUUCCCGACGGAGAAGCCGCGCCACCUCCUGGAUGACAGCGUCCUGGAGUCGCACAGCCCGGCCCGCGGCCAGGCGCUGGGCUCGCUUUUCACCAACGGCCUUUCCAUAGAUAGCAGUGAAAGCUCAGAAUUUAGUGAGGAGCUGCCGUCAGGGCUUGAAAGGGGUCGUUUAUAUGCCACGCUGGGGCCUAACUGGAGGGUACCGAUCCGGAAUUCUCCUAGGAGUCGAAGCUGUGUCUACAGCCCAACAGGGGCCUGCAGCUGCACAUUAGGUAGUUCCACAGGAGUCAUUACCAUGGAAGGGCCAUUAAGAAGAAAAACAUUGCUCAAAGAAGGCAAGAAACCUACUCUCUCCUCGUGGACUAGAUACUGGGUUAUGCUUUCAGGAUCAACUCUUCUGUACUUUGGAGCAAAAUCAUUAAGAGGCACUGAAAGAAAACAUUAUAAAUCUACACCUGGUAAAAAAGUCUCCAUUGUGGGCUGGAUGGUGGCACUACCUGACGACCCUGAGCAUCCUGAUAUUUUCCAGCUAAAUAACCCUGACAAAGGCAAUGUUUACAAGUUCCAGACUGGGUCAAGGUUUCACGCAAUAUUAUGGCAUAAGCAUUUGGAUGAUGCAUGCAAAAGCAACAAGCCUCAGGUACCUGCUAAUCUAAUGUCAUUCGAAUAA